AUGAUCCAGACUCCAAAGCAGUCACCUGUGUACUGUCCUGGGCAUACACGUCCGGUCGUUGAUAUCUGUUAUAGCGGAGAGACAGAUUGCGGACAUCUUUUCAUCACUGCUUCAAAAGAUGGUAAAGCAAUUCUGCGCCAAGGUGAUACAGGAGAUUGGAUUGGAACAUUUUUAGGUCAUAAAGGAGCUGUCUGGUCGUGUGUCUUAGACAAGCAUGCUACUAAGGCUGCUACAGGGGCGGCGGAUUUCACUGCCAAAGUAUGGGAUGCAAACUCCGGUUCGGAGCUCCUUUCAAUCACCCAAGAUCAUAUUGUUCGGUGCGUUGACUUGAGCAAAACUGACUCAGGCGCAAAAUUACUCACUGCUAAUAACUGGAAAAAGAUUUCGGUCUAUGAUCUAAACGCUCCUAAAUCACCCAUAUCCGUAUUCGGGGGACACGAACAAAUAAUUCGUCGACUGCUAUGGUGUGGCGAAGAUAAACUUGCUUUAUCCAUAUCAGAGGAUAAAACUAUCCGCUUGUGGGAUCUCCGAGAUAUUCUGAAGCCAGCUGCAGUUCAUCAGAUAUGGUCCAAGGAAUUAUCAGACCCAGUCAACGAUAUUCAAUUCCAUAUCCCUUAUAAUGAAGAUCAAGUGAAAGCUGUGGUAGCAUGUGGAAACUCAAUCCAGACUUAUACGUUUGACUGGCGUUAUAGCAACGUGAUAGAAGCACCUGAAGCUUUCCCAAAAUUCAGUCUAUCGUGUCCAGUAAAUUCUGUCAGCUUGCAUCCCACUGAAAAAUUACUUGUAUGUGGUGGAGAUGAUCACAUAAUAUAUCGAUUAAAUUCGGAAACUGGUGAAAUAUUAGAAACCUGCAAGGGACAUUUUGGCCCUCUACAUUGUGUUAGAUUUUCUCCUGAUGGACACGUUUAUGCAAGCGGUAGUGAAGAUGGCACUGUUCGUUUGUGGCAAACUGUUGUUGGAAGUGACUUUGGAUUAUGGAGAUUGACUGUACCGAAUGAAGUUUCUGCUGUUAAUUGCUCAAAUUUAUCUGUAUCUGCCAAAGAUCACUGUAGCACGAAUUUAGCCGAAGUACCGGCUACUGGUGAUACUAUUAAUAGUUGA